AUGGCUGCCACCCCGUCCCCGUCUUCAUCGCCAAAUCGCGCAUCGCUCGACAACUUGCCUACCGAGCUGCUCAAGCACAUCGUGGAGCUCGUUAAGCAAGACAUGCAUUCGUACAACGGUCUCAAGCGCGGCUCAUAUCGCAGGCAGGAGGUCGGCACGGUCGAGCACUCGAUAAACGACCAGCUCCCGUCUGUCCAGGUUGUGUGGUCUAGCUGGUAUGGGCGGGAAUUGGAGGCUCUUUCGAGGGUCAACAGACGUCUACGGAAACUGUGCAUGCCGCAUCUCGUCGAGGAAAUCACCUACAAGCAGCUCGCCGCGCCUUUCGGCACGUACCGACUUCCGCAGUUCGCCUACACACCGUACAUUUGCUCUCUCACCUUGGGCCUAUCCUCCGACAACGCGACGCCCUACGCCGAAAUCGCCUUUCUCCUCCCGCAUCUCACCGGUCUCGACUCGCUCACCGUGUCCUCCGCGAUGCUCAUUGGGCUCUUCAAGAAGCAAGGGAUACGGCCGGAGCCCCCCGCUCGCCAAGAGUACACCAUCGAGGCUUUCGAAGCACUUUCGACACGACUCGUUCGGCUGAAAGUCGACAGCAUGUCCAGCGCUGAUUACCUCGGCAACAUUCUCCCUCAAAUCACAUCGCCAAGCGUUCUACGACAUCUCGAGCUUGAUGGCAGCCUGGCCAGCCUCUGGUACAACGAGGACAGCGCGAAUAGCGCUUUGCGGGGUUACCUGCUCACGCUUGUCGCGCUCGAGUCUCUCAAGAUUGACCAGCAUGGACGCGAGGACGGCGCCGGGCCUCUCUUCAAGGUUACGCAGGAAUGGCAGGACGGUUGGCGAAUGCCCUCGUUGCGUCAAUUCGAGCUGCGGACGUACGCAGCGCCCUAUAGGGUCGUUCCCUUCCUGGCACAGGCCAUGCCGAACCUCGAGCGACUCUCCCUCGAUGUUGUCGAGCCCGACCAUCCGGCCCUGGACUGGGAUCAGGUUGCGGCCGAUGUCGAAUCGGUCGACUGGCGACACUUGCGGUCUUUCUCGAUGACCGGCGAGAGCACGCUCUUUCGCCCUACUCUCACCUCGCUCUCCACCUGCCCCAAACUUCGUUUCGUCCAUCUCGAGCCGCAAGAUACCUACAGCAGCGCACCACACGAAUUGCUGCCGGCAACCUUCCCACCCAAUCUGCGCCGCCUCAUUUACCAUUGCAGCGUCGGCGAAUACGGGGAGGCCGAGGCUCACCAACCCGGAGUGUUUGCGGAAUACUGCACCGAGCGCGGCGUAGCUCUGGAGUGGCGCAUCUGGCAGGGGAUGUACUCGAGCUACGCGUGGCUGAAGGAGCAGGAGGCGCUCAAGUGGCACACAUGGGUACCGCAGCUUGAUCCCGAGUGCCAAGGCCUCAAGGACUACCUACAAGAGACCCUCAAAUGGGCAAGGCGCCGACUCGAUCAUCUCCUCGCCGUCGACGACAAGGCGGCCAUUCGGGAGAUGAUGACGGCGAUCCAGCCGCUGGAGGAGCGCCGCUACAUCGAGCGCGGCUUGCUGUACAUUGACCCGGACGCGUCGCGCGAGGAUAGUUGA